CAAAUCAGAGAAAACGGAACGUUCUCCGAUACUGCGACUCAUUUGCAGUGCGAACUCCGAAAAUGGCUGAUCGUCCGUGUGCUGGAAACAUUCUCCGUAUCGCCGGUGCCGUGAUCCUGCCCAAUCUGGGUGGGAUCUACAAUGGCCGGCUGACCCGGAAGCACCUGCAAAACUGGUACGCCAACCUGAAGUUCCCCUCCUUCAAGCCGCCCAACUGGGUGUUUGCCCCGAUGUGGGUCUCCCUGUACGCCGGAAUGGGCUACGGAUCCUACCUGGUGUGGCGGGAUGGCGGUGGAUUCUCCGGGGAGGAGGCCCGCCUGCCCCUCAUCGCCUACGGAACACAACUGGCUCUCAACUGGGCCUGGACGCCCAUCUUCUUCGGGCAGCACAACAUCAAGGGCGGGCUCAUUGACAUAGUCGCAUUGACGGCCACCGCCGGAGCUUGUGGAGUGCUCUUCUACCGUGUCAAUAAGGUCGCCGGAUUGCUCUUUGUACCCUACCUAGCCUGGCUGGGAUUCGCCACCGCCCUGAACUACUCCAUCUGGAAGUUGAACCCGGAGGAGGAGCAGAAAGAGGAGAAGGCUUCCGGCAGUCACCCCAAGGCCAAUUAGGCUAGGAAACGACAUAUUCAAAGAAGCUUGUAAUUCCUUCAUGAAAAAUGUAAAUUUUACCAGGGCUGGACUAGAUGGAUAAGAUAUCGAUAAGUCAUUUUCCAAAGUGAGCGGCAAAUUCAAAUUAAGUCACAACCGAUCGAAGAAUAGAAAUCCCCAAAAGAUUCAUUGAUAAUAAUUAUGCAAAUUGAUCAAAGCCUUAAAGGUUUCCUGUAUUACUAUAUAACUUUAGAAUUUAAGAGUUUUGUCAUUUUUGAAUCUAAUAAAUGUAUGAAAGUUUA